UAUGAUCAUCUCGAAACUAGUCGUCAUCAAAUAAAGAUUGUGGGAAAAGAAUGACAUAUUCUUGUUGAAUCACGAACAUUUAUCUGUUCUUCAAUUUAUUUUUAUUCGAUUCUUUGAACUGCUACAAAUGUGAAUUUUUUUAUCGACCAAGCACAAAAUCACUUACUACGGGCUGUGGUCAAAAUGCCGCUCCAAAAUAUUGACAGCCAGCAUUCUGAGUCAUCGAUAGAAUUUCAGAGAAUUUGGAUGCAAAGCUCGCUCAAGUAAAAUAUUUUGUUCGAAAGUAUGAAAGUAUUUCGAAGAACUGAUGAGGAAUAAUGAACAGUUGUAAAUCUUCAGGGAUUACCUUUGCCCAAAAUAUCGACAGUGUAUGAGUUUUGGUUUAUGUUUAUAAUCGUAACUAUAUUUUUCUGACGGGAUAAGUACCUUAUCUCGUGAAAUUAUAUGACUCCAGUCUUCAGUGAAUGGAACCUACUAUCCUUUCAGUAAUUUUGAGUAUGGAUUUUCCUCUGCAUGAAACAUGCCUUCAUGGAACGUUCGAGUCCCUGAAAAAAAUGGUGAAAUCUGGCAAGUUUUUCAUCGACUGCGAAAGUCCAACUGGCGUUACACCUAUGGGAAUAGUCGCAGUGAGAUUAUACGUAUAUCGGCCCCAGGAUGUGGAUUCAAGAUCUGUUAGGGAAUAUGAAAGGAAAAUCAUAUUCCUUCUGCAGAAUGGUGCCAAUCCGUUGAAGAAAUGGUGCGGAGGAACUAUAGCCGACCUGAUAUUUCAAGGAGGAAACCAAUCAAUGAUACACUUGAUGUUCAAGUAUUUCGAAGAUGUGGACACACCUCUGAAUUCUUUCGGGCACACAGCGCUCAUUUCGGCUAUCCGAAGAGGAUACUACAAAACUGCCGAAAUUUUGUUGGGCAUGAAAGCCGACGUCAACAAGGGAUGCUUCGUUAAGGAGACACCUCUCCACCAUGCAGCUUCUUCUGGCAGAGCAGAUCUUUUCCAUCUCCUGAUAAAACAUGGUGCAAGCAUGGAGUUGAGGAGCGAUUUGGGAGAAACUCCUCUUCAUUCAGCUUGUUACCAUGCGGAAGAUGAGAAGAUAAUAAAGAAGUAUAUAGAGUGUGAUCACAAUUUGAACGCAACGGAUAAUGAAGGUUGCACACCGCUGCAUAAACUCUUCAUUAAAUUCCCCGAAACAUCGGCUGUGUCAGAAGAAUUGGUGGAGGUGUUUCUGGACAGAGGAGCCGAUUUGAAUAUCAAGGACUGCCGAGGACUGACCCCGCUCUCUUGGUGUAUCAAGAAGAAAAAUGCACCUGUAGCUUUGCUAUUUCUCCGGAACGGUGCCAACUUAGAUAUUUCAGAAGAAGAAGCGGUGCCUGUUCUGAAAUAUCUAAGGGGGAUUUUGUUAGAGGACACCCCGCUUGGACAGACCGUGCUCAAAUAUAUCGCUCUGGAGAUCUCGAAGGGCACCAAAAUCAACAGAGCUCUGGAGGAAUAUUUGAGCCAGCAGGAAGGUGUAACUCAAUAUCUGACAAAAUGUUACCGGGAAAUAGAGAAGCUCAGGAAAAGAAAAAUCAGGAACACCAGCGUCAAUUAUUGGAGGCUUCUAACGAAAUCUGUAGCGGAGUUAGCAAGGUACGCUAAUAACCCUUCAAUAAUUGGCGCAAUGAGAAAAUACAGAGUGGGGACUUAUCCAAUUUACGGUCGAGAGAUCGCCUAUAAGUUUGCCAAGGCAAAAAGGCGACAAAAACUUAUGGCAGUUUCAUCGGAUAUGUUCAACCGAUAUUGGGAGGGAAAAAUGCCAUCACUUUUUGUGAAAAUGGUGACGGAUCAUCUCUCCAUAAGCGACAUGGAAAAUGUUAAGACUGCCAGACAGUAA